AUGGCACUGAGUCUAUUGAAUAAAGUGUGCCUUAUUACCGGUACAGGAGGAUCCAUGGGACGUGCGGCGGCACUGAAGUUCGCGAUGGAGGGUGCUAAAAUCGUGGGGUGCGAUGUUAACACCUCCAAUGAAUCCGCCACUGUGGAGGCUGUACGCAAGCAGGGCGGCGAAAUGAUAUCCAUGUCGCCCUGUGAUCUGACCAAGCGUGAAGAGUGCGAAAAACUAGUUAAGCUAGCCAUCGAUACCCAUGGCAGAAUCGAUGUUCUGUACAACAACGCUGGGAUGGCUUAUUUUGCCUGGAUGGAUGACAUGAAAGAUGGGGACUGGCAUAAGACUAUCAGUCAAGAGCUGGAUCUCGUCUAUCUUCUGACAUCAGCUGCCUGGCCUCAUUUGAAGACGUCACAUGGAUCCAUCAUCAAUGUCGGUUCCGUCAACGGUUGGGUUGCCCUCUCUGCACUUCCAGCAUUGGCGCAUGUUGCAGCCAAGGGAGGUGUUAUCUCCAUGACACGCCAGCUUGCAAUGGAGGGCCGGGAGCAUGGGGUCAGAGCCAACUCGAUCUCUCCGGGUGUCAUCGUUUCUCAACAGACAGCCCCUCACAUCGGCACUGGGGACUGGUCUGAAGCGAUGUUGAAGAAAAUUAUGCUUGGCCGAUUUGGAAAACCGGAGGAGGUAGCUUCCGUGGCUAGAUUCCUAGCUUCGGAUGAAAGCUCAUAUAUCACGGGUACGGACAUCCGAGUCGAUGGUGGCCUGACAGCCUGGUAG